AUGACCGCCCUACCACCAUCACGACUGAGAUUGCCAUUGCUCACUCGGAGCGGGCGUUCAAAGUGUGCGCAGACCAUACGGACGAUUUACCGGUACCUUUUAAGGCUCGCUGCAUCGACGCAAUUGGCAGACUGGAUCAUCUACAUCGGCCCUCUGACCGACUUCAAAGUGCUUAAAUCUGCCGAGAUGAGCGUUCGCAUGGCCAUAAGACACGAUGCGGUCGAGAAAAGGUCAAAUCGAUGGAUUGCCGUCGCGGACCCGAUGUUACGCAUACGGACCCGGCAACGCAGGGGACUUCUCCGCGGACCCCAUCGGCUCAAGAACCACGUGCCCCCGUGCAACUUCUGUGACAUCGACACCGCCAACGCUGAGCUCGACGAUCUUCUCAAAGCCAGUUCCCGCCCUCGCACUGCCCAAAAGGUCGACCUAAUCGCCCGUCUGCAACAGUACGACACGGGGAUAUCCACCAGACCCACUCUACAAGCACCGCCGGUGCCGAAGACGAGUUCAGAUGGGACCACGACGCAGCGACUUCCACCGACCCAAAAGGCGCUGCCACAACAAUGGCGUUAUGUUGUAACGCACAAAGAAAUAGGCCAGGGACAACCCUCUUCCUCGCUUCCGCCCUCACGCGCCACCACGACCGAGAGAUCGGACUCCGAAAUCCCAAAAGACUGGCGAUGCAGCUGCGGCACCGGCGACGGGUCCGGAAGCUACAUCCAAUGCGACAACGAGGACUGCCGCGUGGGAUGGUAUCACUGGGAAUGCGUCCGGGUGACGGAGGAGCCGGCCGGGACGUGGCUGUGCCCGAGCUGCAGUCCCAACGCGGCGUUCUACAUCAAGCAGUUGGUGAAAGGGCGAGCAGCGUCGCCGCUCGUUCCCACAUCCGGGAAAGCGGUCGCUUCAACCUCGUCCAAGGCGAAGGAGCAGGUCCCCGAGGUCAAGAAGAAGGAACCGGUGAAGAAAGGUAUCGCCGUCAAGGACCCGGUUGCCGAAAAGGCGAAGGGUCAGGAGGCAGAGACCACGGACAGGAAGACAUCAAAGAAAGGCAUCGCAACGAAGAAGGCAGCAUCCGGAAAAGCCAAACCGAAAUGGAUAGGCUGGGUGGAGAUGUCUUCGGAUGGCGAGGAAGACUACAAGAAGAAGGUGAACGCCAAAUUCCUGAUGGAGGAUGGCGUCAAGGGCAAGCGCACGAGGGGCUCGAAAGCCUCACCCGAAGAGAACGAGACCGGGCCGCGGAGGUUUAGAGCCCGUUCGAGGCCAGGGAGAAAGGCCAAGAACGUGGUAGAGACGGACUCAGACGAGGAGGAAGAAAGUGAGAGAAUGGACUCCGUCUACCAGAAGCACGGGGAGGAGGAGGAGGAGGAAGACCAGGAGGAGCCUUCGGGUUCCGAGGACGGGUCCAUGCACGAAGAAGCACCCGUUAACCAGGAUGCACCGGUCAAGAAUGAUGCAUCUGCCUUCCAAGAGGACGACGAAGACUCCACCAUGGAAAUCGACCAGGAGUCCGAGAAGGAAGACCAAGGCAGCGCUGACGAGCCGUCCGACACGGACGGGGAGGACUCCGACGUAUCCCCCCCAGCCCGUCGUGAACGAGAGUCCAGGGCACCCGGUCCAGUCCGCAAGGGCGGUGGGAACGGGGCGGACGGCGCAAGCCAAAGGACCGCGACAUGCGCUCCGGCUGCCAGGUCGAACACCCCGUCGCGGUUCCCGACUUCAGACCGCACCGGAGGAAUGGCGGCGGCGUCCCCUACGGGCGACGACGCCACGGACCUCGACGAGGGAGGCGAGGGCCACGGGGGCCAUGGUGGGCGAAUGGCUGUGACCGUCAGCCCGGCCGUGGAGAGCAACGACUACGCUGCUCUCUAUCAACGCCAGGGCAACUGCUGGGGAGAAUUCCCCGAGUCCGGGAUCCGGAGCACGCUUCCGCGCCUUGCUUAA